AUGGCCUCCCAGCACGAAGACGAGUAUGACUACCUGUUCAAGAUCGUGCUGAUUGGCGACUCGGGCGUUGGCAAGUCGAACCUGCUGUCCCGAUUCACGCGCAACGAGUUCAACCUCGAGUCGAAGAGCACGAUUGGCGUCGAGUUUGCUACCAAGUCCAUCGUGGCGGAGGGCAAGACGAUCAAGGCGCAGAUCUGGGACACGGCUGGUCAGGAACGCUAUCGAGCAAUCACGAGCGCCUAUUACCGUGGGGCAGUAGGAUCGCUGAUGGUCUACGAUAUUACCAAGCACGGGACCUUUGAGAACGUCGAGCGCUGGCUGAAGGAACUGCGAGAUCAUGCAGACGCCAACACGGUGAUUAUGCUGGUCGGUAACAAGAGCGAUCUUCGAGAUCUCCGUGCUGUAUCAACCGAGGAGGCAAUGGCGUUUGCCGAGAAGAAUAAUCUGGCGUUCAUCGAGACGUCAGCUUUGGAAGCCACGGGAGUGGACACAGCGUUCCAGCGCAUUUUAACCGAGAUUUACAAGCUCAUGAGUCGCAAGACGAUGCAGACCGAAGAGAAUGCGACGACGGUGAGUCUGCCUGCAGGCAACAGCAUUGCUAUUACGGCCGAGAACACGACUGAGAGCCAGAAAAAGAAAAAGAAGAGCGGUUGCUGCUAG